AAGCAACUUCCAUCAAUGUCUUCCUCUUCCUCUUCCUCCGCCAACCCAAAUGGACUCAGUCUCCGCGGCUCUAUCAACCUCACCAUAACCAUUCCCAUUCCCUUUCCCUUUCCCAAAUCAACACCCAAAAGACUCCUCAGAAUCAAACUCUGCAUCCCCAAUGGCUGCAUUUGCUUUGCUCUUGUCAGAUUUCUUGGUCUCCUUCAUGUGGGUCUGGUCAGGGGUUCUCAUUAAGAUCUUUGUUUACAAUUUUUUGGAUUUAGGCCAUGCACCCAUUGGAGAGGUCAUCAAAUGCUCUCUCUCCAUUCUCAACAUGUUCUUCUUUGCCUUCUUGGCUAAGCUCACCAAAGGCGGGGCUUAUAAUCCUCUUACUGUCUUGUCUUCUGCUAUUUCUGGGGAUUUCGGUCGUUUUCUCUUCACCGUUGGGGCCAGAAUCCCUACUCAGAUUGUUGGAUCUAUUACUGGGGUUAGGUUCAUAAUUGCAACAUUUCCUGAAAUAGGUCUUGGGCCACGUUUGAACGUUGAUAUCCACCGAGGCGCACUAACAGAAGGCCUCCUUACUUUUGCAAUAGUCACUAUUUCUCUGGGACUUGCAAGAAAAAUCCCAGGUAGUUUCUUCAUGAAGACAUGGAUCUCAAGUGUCUCCAAGUUGGCUCUUCAUAUACUCGGCUCUGAUCUGACCGGUGGUUGCAUGAAUCCGGCCUCUGUGCUCGGUUGGGCCUAUGCUCGCGGUGAUCAUAUAACCAAGGAGCAUAUUCUCGUCUACUGGCUUGCCCCAGUCGAGGCGACUCUACUCGCUGUAUGGACAUUCAAGUUGGUGUUUCCACAGAAAGAGGAGAAAGCUGUCAGCAAGACUAAAUCAGAAUGAGCAAAUUAAGUCCCACUAAGUAAGUUUCCACUAGACAAAUUUGGUCAACUAAUCUUAAGCCAUAGAGGGAUGAUGAACUUAGCUCUUCUUUCAAAUGUAUAUAAAGCUAGUUGUACUACUUGGUACUUGUGUUUAAUUCUUCAUCUUGUACAAAUCUCAAUCUUCAUUGGUUUUCAGGCAAGUCUAGCUUCUUAGGUUCCACAAAUUCAGGCCAUGAAUAUGUCCCUUUUGUAUUUUAUGGUUUUCUAAGUAAUUAAUUGUUUUGUUUUUUAA